CUUAUAUUUAUUUGGAUAUUUAUGAUAUUAAUCUUACAAAUAACGAAAUUGAAAAUUUUCAUAAGGAAUCAACAACUGCUCCCCCACUUCUGUUAAGCGGCCGUAAGCGUCCAAAACAAGGUUAUGUCGUUCGUGUUGACCGUUUAGAGAAGAAUUGUGGGGAUAUAAAAAACAUUAUGACUGAAAAUUGUCUAAAGUAUCUUGACAAUGAAGACGAUUAUAUGACUUCAUUUUCAACCAUAAAAGGUGCCUCGCCACCUCCUCCAUGUAAUCGCCACCAUCCACCAAUGCUUUUCCAUGUUUUUUGGCAAGGCCAAAUUACUGAUAAACUUGCUUUGGUGAUGAAAUCUUUUCUUUAUAGUCAACCUCUUGAAUGCUCAACGCUCUAUGUCUGGUUCGAUAACAUGAAUGAUACCAACCUCAAUGAUAAUAAGCAUGUUCGUUCUUUAUUAAAAUAUUCCCCAACUCUUAUUGAAUUUAAAUCCUGGGACAUGGUGGAGCAACUUUCAUUUAGUGAUGUAUAUGACGGGUGGCAGGGACCUAAAUACAAUAGUUCAGUUAAGAUUAGUGACUUGUUCCGUUUUGUAGUUCUUCAUAAUUAUGGUGGUAUAUAUAUUGACUCCGACGUACUUUUGAUUCGUGACAUGCGUCCUUUAUACUACGCAAAUUUUGAAUUUGCUUAUCGUUGGAGCAAAACAAACCAGUACAAUACCGCAGUUCUACGUCUUUGGAAACAGAGUCCAUCUUCUAAAAUGGUGAUUCGUGGUGCUAUAAAAAAUGAUAUGAACUUUCAUCCCUUUACCAUCAAAAAAUACUUGUCUACACACGAUUAUUCUUCUCGUAAAGAAACUAACAAACUUAUUUACAUGCUUCCAUCUGGAUUGUUUGAUCCUUUAUGGUUGAAACAAGAUGAUAUACAACCACUAUCCACAUUAUCACCGAAUCUUCAUAAAUUUACUGAUUUAUUCAAUCCUAAUUUAACUCCUGGCGAGAUUUCCGGACUUGAUCCUACAACACUUGAUAGUUCACCUUUAGAAAUUCGAAAUAUAGACAAUUUCUUUCGUGGUAUUUUUGCCUAUCAUUGGCAUAAUCAAUGGAAUGCCACGAUUCAUCCAACAUCUUGGUGUGGUGUUAUACAGACAGCUUAUGACGAAUUUUUGGAUGUUAAUAAAUAG